AUCGCCAUACAGAUCAACAUGGCUGACGCCGCUCCCCGUGGACGUGGAGGAUUUGGCUCGCGCGGUGACCGUGGUGGUGACCGUGGCCGUGGCCGUGGACGCCGUGGACGUCGCGGAGGCGCCAAGCAGGAGGAGAAGGAAUGGCAGCCCGUCACCAAGCUCGGCCGUCUCGUGAAGGCCGGCAAGAUCACCAGCAUGGAGCAGAUCUACCUGCACUCCCUGCCCGUGAAGGAGUACCAGAUUGUGGACUUCUUCCUCCCCAAGCUGAAGGAUGAGGUCAUGAAGAUCAAGCCCGUCCAGAAGCAGACCCGUGCCGGUCAGCGUACCCGCUUUAAGGCCGUCGUUGUCAUCGGUGACUCCGAGGGUCACAUCGGUCUCGGUAUCAAGACCUCCAAGGAAGUCGCGACCGCCAUCCGUGCCGCCAUCACCAUCGCCAAGCUGGCCGUUCUCCCCGUCCGUAGAGGUUACUGGGGUUCCAACCUUGGUGAGCCUCACUCUCUGCCCGUCAAGCAGAGCGCCAAGUGUGGUUCCGUCUCCGUCCGUGUAUGUUACGAAUUCCUGCGACUUCUGAGAAGUUGGCCUUGCGACCAGACACUGACCAUGAACAGCUGAUCCCCGCUCCCCGUGGUACCGGCCUUGUUGCCUCCCCCGCCGUCAAGCGUCUACUCCAGCUUGCUGGUGU